AUGCUGGAUAAUGAUGUACAGCCCAGCGGCCUCUCCCUUCGCCGCAGAGGCCCUGGUAACUCCCGCAACCCACUCACACGCCCCUCCUUCGCCACACUCACCCGCCCCUCCUUCGCCAGGUACUGGGCGGUCACGCAGGUCGACUACAUCCACUCCCGGAACGGCACCCGCAUCGGCACCAUGAUCCUGCUGGUGUGGCUGACGGCGGUGGUGGUGUCCAUAGCGCCCCUCUUCGGCUGGAAGGACCCCGACUUCCUGGUGCGGGUCAACCAGCACAAGAAGUGUCUCGUCUCCCAGGACGUCGGCUACCAGAUCUUCGCCACGAUGGCCACCUUCUACGUGCCCCUCACCGCCAUCUUGAUCCUCUACUGGAAGAUCUUCCAGGCGGCGCGGAAGAGGAUCCACAAGAACCGCCCGGGGGAGAAGAAGGAGGCGAAGAAGAAGGGGAAUAAUAACCGGGCGAAGGUAAGGGACGAGAGGAGCGGCGGCGGUGGCGGAGGCGAGCCCAAGCCCAACGGCGUGACGGAGCACCAGACCACCGCCUUCACCACCGUCAACAGCGGCUCGCCCGACAAAAUCUCCAACAACGGGGCGGUGUCCGUGUCCUCCCACGUGAGCGAGGUGUCCAGACUGGAGAUGCUGCCCAAGGAACCCCCGAAGAAGACCAAGAAGGAAACCCUGGAGGCCAAGAGGGAGAAGAAGGCCGCCAAGACGCUGGCCAUCAUCACGGGCGCCUUCGUGGUGUGUUGGCUGCCCUUCUUCGUCACGGCGCUGCUCAUGUCCAUCUGCCCCGGAUGCUACUUCUCCGACCUCAUGUUCUCCAUCUUCCUCUGGCUCGGCUACUUCAACUCCACCCUCAACCCCAUCAUCUACACCAUCUUCAGCCCGGAGUUCAGAGAGGCCUUCAAGAGGAUCCUCUUCGGCAGGAAGGCCCAGAGGUACCGCCCGGGGAAGGUCCGCUGAGAGGACUGGGCCCCCACCCCUGCGAGGCCGGGCCCGGUCGACGGUGAAUGGUGCGAUGUACUCUGUGUGUAUCUGUGUAUACAAGCAUUAUCACUGUGUAUAUAUUACGCAUUCGUUUCGAGGUGUGAGCGUCCGUCACGCGAAGACCUUUGUAGAUGAAAAAUGGAAACCAAAAAAACAAAAAAACAAAAAAAUGUAACCCGUGGAAAGUCUCCUGGCAUGAACUCCAUACUGUAAAUACGAUCACACGACGACUGUCAGCGGUCAAGAAGAGUUCUAAACGUAUAGAGGGUCCAGCAUAUCUAUUACCAUUAUAUUUAUGAAAUAUCGUUAAUGAAAGACCCGCAUAGACCUAUAUAUCGGUUGACUUAGCAUUAAUAAGUGUACAGGAUGCAUUUCUAAACAUGGCUUCAUCCAAGGAGAUGUGUAAAUAGGAAAAUAAUAUAAAUUUAGUUCCAAUAUGUCGCAGGUGUAUAUUUUUAUAUCAACUGAAGUUAAGACAUAAUGUUUUGAAAAAGAAUAGCAUAGUCAUAUCGGAAUAAAUGUAUAUAGCUAGACCUACAUUUUAUGGAUGUAAAGUGUACAUUCGUUCAGUGUAAUAUAAAGCAAUGAAAGACUGUUUUGAUAAAGAGGAAAUUAGUUUCAACCACAAGAAAUGAUAAUAUCGUGUAGUGUUGAGUUUUGUCGUGUCAUAGCAUACCUCCAUGUGUCGGCUAGAUUCUCCUGUAAGGCGCUAGACGCAACAGCUGCCUACGUGGCUUCCCUGCCGUGUGAACGAAUAGGCCUACGUGUGUGACUUAGGAUAGUCCAAGAGCCUCCACCUGCAGCUGAGAUCACGGAAAGGAAAUGGUGCUUUUUGGUUUGACAAUUCCUUCCUCCUUUUCCCCCAAAACGACGUUCGGUUUUGCCCCCCCGACGGAAUUCCAAGUCAUGUCGAGUGAAUCAGAACCUCAGAAGAUUACCGAAGGAAGCUGCUCAAUCAAACCAAACUCUGCAAAAACCCUUUUAUUCAAAGUGGAACGAAGUGAUUGUUUCUGCCGCUACAUUCUCUCAGACAUUGCGUACGUCCUAUGUGAUGUUAUAAAUAUCUGCACUAAAGUAAUUUUCAGGAAUUGAUUUUCAAGUAUUUUCUAUGAAAGUUAUUGUAAAUAUGAAAAGCCAUAUAGUUUCAUAAAACAACUAAUUAUGAGCUUAUAAUAGAAUUUACACGUGUGUGUGUGUGCAUGUUUAAGUGAAUGUUUGUAUGAACGCGUGACACAGUCUAAGAAAUGGUAUGUAAUUUUCACAAGAAUUUAACCACCAGAUGUUCAUUUCUGUGAAAAAUCCACUGCGCACGCGCGUGUGUGAGUGGAUGGUGCGGUUGCGUGUGUCUGCGGGCAUGUGAGUGUAGAUAUCCUUGGCUUAGUGGAGGACACGGGUGUAGCGAAAGAUGGUCUUAUGCAAUUUUUUAUAUUGCAUCUUAAUGAUCAUCGGCAUUUAGUUCAUUAUCGGGAAAGUCAUUUAUGGAUGCUUCGGGAUAACCACAAUUAAUCCUAGGUAAUAUUUAGAUAUAUUUAUUAUAUAAAGAUUGAUGAAUAUCCAUUAGGAGUGUCGUAGACUAUAUUAUUACGUGUAGGUAGAAACUCGUCAGGGUAUGGCCUCAUUCAGUGACAGAGGCUGCUGGACACGCCCUCUUUGCACUCGACACACUACUACGCAAAUUUACACACAAGAAAAAAAAAAAAAAAAAAAAUCGGCUACUCUAAAACCUCAAAAAAAAAAAGAAAUCAUAAACCUGAAAAAUUAAAAACCUGGUGGCUGUCGAUUACACCGAGGGACCUCCACCUCCCCUGUCAUUCACUGUAGCCCAUGAGUCCAUAUGUCCCCGUAUCGAGUUCACUUCCCCCUUGGUAGAUUUACUGAAUGAAGGCGAUAGACAAGAUGUUCUGUUCAAGGGA